UCUUACUUGUUAGGCGCAAGCCGCAUAACAUUGUUCAACUAGGGUACGAUCUAUUGCUUCAUGGCCACUUCAUCGCCAACUUUGUAUAAAUAGUCAGUGCCUCAUCCGAUUUACUAGCUUCGUCGAUACGCUUCCGAAUUGUUGAACCAUUUGUUCUGUUUUUCGUGCGAACUUCACUUUCCAUUACUGAGGCCAUGGAAGCGAGUGCAGCAAACCAAUUGCCGGGAUUGGUGGGUUUGAAACCUGAACAGGCCAGCGCCGAAGUCCAAGAAAUAUGCAAUCAGGUUCGGAAAGCUGUUGAAGUCAAGAUUAACGGUGGGAACCGAUUUGGCCAGUUCAAAGCCAAACUAUAUAUACAGCUGGUCGUUGCCGGCGUUGACUACCGUAUCAAGGUUCAAAUCAAUGAAGUAUCGGUGAUUCGUAUUCAAGUAUUCCAGGGUCUUCCGUCCGGAGGAGUACCAGCGCUACCUAAGCUGACAAGUGUUGGUGCCGAUGGUCCUCUUGAUAAACCAUUCUAAGCAUCCCCUUCAGGAAUCUGCUUACCGGCUUCUUCUUUUACUAUUGUGCUUAACCGAUUUUCAUAUUACUCAGUCUCAGCAGUUGUGUAACAUCGUCAUGUACUCUAUGCUCAAAAUGUAUUGCUAUCAUCUCCAAACUUUCCGAUGAAGUUCAAAACACGCACGUAUACAUAGCAGGCACACCACCACAUUGUGGUUUGAGUAUAGAAAGCAGAUCAUGUUUGUUUUCUUUCCUUUACGUUAUUAGAGCCACCCGAGCAUUUUGUGAAAUUGUGAAAACGCCAAUGGAAUAUCAAUCACAUGCCCCCCCCCCGAAGGGCCCAGACGGUUAUUUUUAGUCAUUGGCAAUCGGCGCAUACAGAAUCCCCCGGGAACAUACCAGAAGCGCCUGACCGCAAUAAAAGACUCCUUCAACAAAGAUCGCAGAGGAUCACUGAUUAGGGUGAACACUGAGCAUGGUAAGUGACAUAAACUUUGGAGGUUACAAAACGAAGUUGUGAUAUACCGCUUCCUGCAUGACAGAAAUGCAAUAUUCGAGUACUGGCCAAGGAAUUGAGCAUUCGUGGCCGGCCAGUACUCAGAUCAUGAGAAAUAACUCUCUUGUUGUGACAUCCGUAAUUGCACAUCAACAAGUACUCUAAGUAACUACUAACACUAAACACAAUUUCCAUUCAUUACAGACUAAAUGAAUCAGUGUUACUCGCGCUGACAUUACUGAUCCAGCAACUUGACAAAUCGCGCCGGGGAUCUUGACAUCCUCUCCCCAAUAGAUGUACCAGUGAAGACGGAAGUUCCCACUUGGCUAAAGGCACAAUGGUUAAAUGGAUGCGGCUAGGGGUCUUUCUUGGCACUUGUGCCAGUGAUGGUGAGACGUAACGUUAUCCCCUCACCCUUACCGUUAGGCGGUGCAUCUGCCGGUGGGGUGGCCCUGAUGUUAGCGGCAGAAAGUGCAACAACUAGGCAAAAAACUGACAGAGUACUGAGACACUUGACGUCCUGAAACCUAGCUUCAACACAUCUCCGUAGCGCUAACCGAAAGUUUUGUGCCUAGUUGUUGUACUUUCUGACUGUAUACAAUGUAGUAUCUGGUUGCAGUGAUGGAGAGUUACUCUUAACUCGUAUCCAUAUGUCCUAUUCCAUUCUACAUUUAUUAUUGACAGCUCGCCGUCCAACCUCGUUACCUCCAUGCAGACCGGCAUUAACUCCACAUAGCAUGGAUGGAAGCUUGGAAGCUGAGGCCCAACAUCGCGAAGACCGAGGCAAUGUUCAUCAGCCCAUCGCCGCCUACUCAGCCGUUGCACUUUCCAGGAGCCAAUGCUCACGUUAAAAUUGUUCAUGAACACAAACACCGUGGUGUUAUAUUCGACAGCCAUAAUUAUGUCCUGGUCCCCACAGGUUCAGUCAGUAUGCAAGCGAGCUAGCUCCUCCCUUGGCAUGUUGCAGCCUCACUGCCACCAUUUAAAUGACCAUUGCCGAAAAUUGUUCUUUACGUCGUAUAUUCUACCUAUAUUUGAUUACUGUGACACAGCGUGGUACGGUGCGGUCUGUCUCAGGCCCUUGUUCAAACUCUGGAAAUACACCAGCGUCUGCUUCUAAAAAUCCUGUUUCGCAAAAAUCAAACAUUCUCCUCCCAACGUCUCUACAGUUUAGCUUCAGUAUCUCCCCUCUUAGAGCGACACCAGCAACAUCUUUGCAUCCUUGUACACAUGAUCUUAUUAGACCUGGCUCCCAAACACUUUGCUAAGUAUAACUGGUUUGUGUCCACCAGAUCAACACGUCAUUCCUUCUCAUUACCCCGUGCCAAUACCUCCCUGUUUCUGAAAUCUCCUAUCUUCUCUGCGUACACUCUCUGGUCUUCCCUGCCAACUAGCCUUAAAGCAUGCACAGACAUUAAGGAGUUCAAGCUUCAGCUUCUUCGUCCUAAAUAAUCCGGCUCACCAUUUUCGUCAUGCCUCCCCUUGCAGUACUCUCUUUGUUUCUCUCCUUAUUAUUCAGUUCGCCGUGGUUGGCUACCACCCGACUUCUCAUAUAUAUUGGCAGUCUUCUGACGAGCCAGGAGAUGUUGAAUUAAUAGUGUUAUUGGCUCAAAAUCCGAGUUUCUCAAAUUAAACUUUAGAUUGUUUUUGCAUCGUCCCCGUCGCUUACAUGGUUUAAUA